CUUAGGUUUGCCAAAGAUGGCAGCCCUGGAGGAAGAAUUCACGUUGCCUGGAGUACCUUUGGGCUCCGGGCCAGACGGACUCCUCGGCGUGGAACAGAGCGACAAGGCCGAUCAGUUUCUGGUGACAGACAGUGGCAGGACUGUCGUCCUCUAUAAGGUCUCUGAUCAGAAGCCCUUGGGGAGCUGGUCAGUGCAGCAAGGUCAAACUAUAACGUGUCCAGCCGUGUGCAACUUUCAAACUGGAGAGUAUAUUCUUGUCCAUGAUAACAAGGUUUUGAGGAUAUGGAAUAAUGAAGAUGUGAGCUUGGAUAAAGUAUUUAAAGCGACAUUGGCAGCUGAGGUGUUCCGGAUCCAUUCCGUACACGGGACGGAACCGCUCGUGCUGUUCAAGAGAGGGGCGGUCCGCGGCGUGGAGGCCUUGCUUGCAGAGCCGCAGCAGGAAGUCGAAGCUGUGAUCUCCGACGAGGAGGCCAUCAAAUGGACCAAGAUCUUCAUGGUAUUUAAGCACCCGAUUUUACUUUUCAUUACUGAAAAACAUGGAGCCUACUCUGCGUAUGUGCACGUGCUCUCCUCUGGGGCCUCCAGCAAGUACACGCUCGCACUUGGCCGCGAAGACAGGUCUGUGCUGCAGAGCUUCGCAGCCUCUGUGGAUCGGAAGCGCAUCUCUCUGAUCACAUUCAGCUCCGAUGGGUGUAUAUAUGAAACCCUGCUACCAACACAUCCAAGUGAUCCGGGAAAAGACCAGGUGGCAGUCAGGUCGCUGGUGAUCAAGGGCAUCGUGUCUGAGAAAGCUCAGAGUGGCGUUGCCCUCAGCAUCCUGGACCGAGAUCACCUGGCAGUCCUGGGAACACCGCUGUCAGGCGGCAAAGACUGCCUCUCAGUGUGGAACAUCAAAUUCCAGACACUGCAGGCCUCGAAAGAGUUCCCACAAGGGACCAGCGGGCAACUCUGGUACUACGGAGAACAUUUGUUCAUGCUGCACGGCCGGUUCCUCACUGUGAUUCCUUAUAAGUGCGAGGCCUCUUCCUUAGCAGGGGCCCUGGGGAAACUCAAACACAGUGUCGAGCCAGGCAUUCCUGCAAUGUCCCAUUUCGUAAACUGGGAAACAUCUCAGGACUGUGGACUUGAAUCCCAGAAGCCAGAGCCGCCCAAGAGAACUUUACGAACGAAAAACGUGGCAGUGAGUUCGCAGCCUGCUGUUUCAGCAUCCAGACAGCUUUUAUUAACCAUAAAGAAUGGCACCGAGAAGCACAUUGAGGUCGAGCUGCGUAAGUUUCUGGCUGCCAAGCAGAGCCCGGACUUCCACACUGCUGUUGGGGACAUCGCGGCGGGCCUCCUGGGAAGGUGCCAAGCGGAGCCAUCCUUUUACCCCCGGGGCUGCCUGACGCAGCUGGUCCAGACGCACGUGCUGUCUCACAGCUUGUGCCCCGGCCUGAUGGACCUGGCCGUGGAGAAGGCGGACGUGCAGCUCUUGCAGCUCUGUCUGCAGCACUUCCCCGACAUCCCUGAGAGGACCACCUGCGCCUGCUUACAGCUUUUCCUCAGCAUCGGGGAUGACAGGCUCCAGGAAACGGACGUCAGCACAGAGUCGGUUUUCCACUGCGGCGAUGCUGGGCAGGAGGAGCCAAUGGAGAUGCAGAAGGAAAUUCUGGAAAACGGUGUCCAGGCUGCGGGGGACCAGUGCAGCGACUGUGACAGAGGGCUGCAAGGGAGGCCUCUGGGCAGCAACGAGGAGGCCAGCUCGAGCCCGGUGACGCCAAAGAGAGCGGCUCUGCUGAACUCAGUUCUUCACUCGGCGUACAGCGAGGCCUGCCUUCUGCCCCACCUGAAGGACAUCCCCGCACAGCACGUCACACUCUUUCUCCGGUAUUUGUACUUCCUGUAUCUGAAGUGCAGUGAGAACGCCGCUCUGACUCUGCCUGGCACCCACCCUCCCAGCCUGAACCAGAUCAUGGACUGGACCUGCCUGCUGCUGGAUGCGAACUUCACAGUUGUGGUGAUGGUUCCAGAAGCAAAGCAGCUGCUCACCAGUCUGUACAAGUUUGUGAAAGCCCAGAUCAGCGUCUACUCUGAACUCAACAAGAUCCAAGUAAGUUUUCAGGAGCUGCAGAAACUCAAUCAAGAGAAGACUCGGACAGAACUGUAUUCCAUCGAAGUGCUGGAGCUCUUCUGAGGCUCUGCGCCUCCUCCUCCUCCUGCCCGCCUCGAGCCACGGGACUGUGCCAACUGCCACCCAUCGGGGGUCUGCACACUCCAGGGGAGCCCGUCCCAGUGUGUGGCUGCUCGCAGGAAUUCCAGCCCACACACUCACACCCUUUUUUUAACAUCUGUAACUGAAUUGGUUUUAAGUACUUAUUUGUGUAUAGAUGUCUUAUAUGUGUGGAAUUAUUCUUUUAAUAAAAUCACUGCCGCUGAAGCCAUA